ACACGCGCAAACCUGACGAAAGAAAAAAUACCCAAAACCGGAGCCCCUCCUGACCCUGAGCGAGAGCUGCUCAGCUCCUUCGCCUCCAUCGCUCAAAGCUUCGAGCUCUCCUCCAUCUCCCCUGCGAAUCUCCGAGCUCGUCCGCCGCUGGAUCGAUCGGGUGCAGAGUUCCAUGAAAGAGGCGCGGUUUUGGGAGGCCGUUGUAACCGAAGCCGAGCCCCGUGGUGUCCCGAGACGGGUCUCGCUGGCGGCGGGGGCUUCGUAUUCUUCUUCUCCCUCCGGCUGCUCUAUCUUGUUUUAGUUCACGGGUUGGAACUGGUAGGGAGUUUACGAAAUAUGGCCAGGUUUUGCUGCUUCGGCGCCGGUUGCUCAGAGUUGACAGGGCAUGCAUCAGCCACCUCUGGUAAAGGGAAAGGCUGUCAGGGCCAAGUCAAGGUUAGCUACGGGUUUAGCCUUGUAAGAGGAAAGACAAACCAUCCGAUGGAGGAUUUUCAUGUCGCAGAACUUGCUGAAGUGAAAGGAAACGAGCUUGGUCUUUUUGCUAUUUAUGAUGGUCAUUUAGGAGAUACUGUUCCUGCAUACCUACAGGAAAAUUUGUUUUCUAAUAUUUUGAACGAGGAAGAGUUUUGGACACAUCCAGACAGAGCAAUCACAAAGGCUUAUGAAAAGACGGACCAGGCUAUUCUGUCACAUACUCCAGAUUUGGGACAAGGUGGCUCCACUGCCGUAACUGCCAUCCUUAUAAACGGCAGUAAGUUGUGGGUAGCUAAUGUUGGGGAUUCGCGAGCUGUUCUUCUGAAAGGAGGUGAGGCCAUACAGAUGUCAAUUGACCACGACCCGAAUGCUGAGCGCGGCGCUAUUGAAAAUAAGGGUGGUUUUGUUUCAAAUAUGCCAGGAGAUGUUCCCAGAGUCUGUGGUCAGUUGGCCGUGUCCAGAGCGUUUGGGGACAGGAAUCUAAAAUCACUUUUGAAAUCAGAGCCUGAUGUGAAAGUUGAAGAUAUCGAUCACACUGCUGAGCUAGUUGUCCUUGCGAGCGAUGGAGUUUGGAAGGUAAUGAACAAUCAGGAAGCCGUUGAUGUGGUGAAAAGGUACAAGGACCCACAAACAGCUGCCAAGCAAUUAGUCGCCGAAGCAGUGAAAAGAGACAGUAAAGAUGAUAUAUCAUGCGUGGUCGUUAGGUUCAAGAUGUAUGUUGCAGGCAACUCGUGAAGAAUUGUCACUGAGAGGAGAGCAGAAGGAAUUAUAACAUCAAAACAUUGCCUGCCUGACAAGGAUAGUGGUAAUGCAAAAGAAUAAUUCUCUUGAAUGCUGGCUGUAAAUCAUGUGUUAGCUCGAUUGUAAGUUCAUAUAUAAAUAUGCUAGAAUUCUUUGUUUGGGAUUCCAGGGUACAUGCGAGUGGGUCCAAAUAGCCUUCUUCUGUAAAUAAUGCUUUUCAGAUAUUCAAAGUUCAGGGUGCUCCGUUGUGAGAGCUCUUUGGGUGGGUUGUCUUCA